UAGUGCAACAAGAAUAGGAAUAACGUCGCUUGCAAGUGAACCGGGUCGGCGUUGCGUAUCGAAGUGCAAGUGCACAUGGUGGUCCGGGCGUAAAAUAGAACAUGUCAAACGACCAUCUUGUCAUCUCGAGUGGUGGUGAAGUGCCGACGACGACGACGAGACGUCAGUGAAGAUGGAAAAUAUUCUUCGGGUGGGAGUGCAGGGCAAUAAUUCCUUCAUACCGACACCGAGGAGCGGCAAGUAUGCUGGUUCAACCGAUCGGAAGCAGCUCAAAAAUGACUGUUCAAAAGUCACUAAAACCGAGCAGAACAAGCUUAGGCUGAUUAUGCAGUACGGCGAACCUCCGAGGGAUGGAAACUCGCUUCUCCUUGUCGAUACCGAGGCUGCGGUUGAUAAGGAGGAAGAUACCACCAACGUAUGCAACGCUGUCAGGGCGAAGACCAACCAAUCCCAGACCAGGAUUCCCGUUCAUUCCAUCGACCCCAGGACCCCACGAUCCGACUUUAACAAGGCUCGCGGUAAGCUGCAGGGUGAGGUGCAAGUUGACAAGGAGGAGGAGGAGGAAGAGGAAGACGAUGAGGAGGAGGAGAGGGAAGGGAUCAGGAAGGGAUUCCAGAGGGGCAAAAACCCCGGCGGCCUGACCGAGGCCGUUUGGAAUUUCGGGGGCGUCGGGACGCUCGAACCGGCGAAGCGUACGGCCCUGGGUGUGACUCGGGGAUCCGACGCCCCGUCGACGACGCACCCAGCAGUGGCGACGCCGGAUCAGCAGCAGCAGCAGCAGCAGCAGCAGCAGCGUUUCCCCGAGUCCGGUGAGUUUCCUCAGUCGCGGCAGAGACGGACGCAGCAGACGACGUCGCGAUGUGCGUCUGGAUCAGCGGUGAACCAAGUCGCGCGUUACAAACGUCCCGAAACCACCGCGACGGCUGGUGCGAAAGUAAAUAAGGAAGAUGUCAUGGAGCCGGAACUGAAGGAGAAGGACGAGCGCAAGUCGAGCACGCCGAGCCCAGAGCUGCCUGCUCACUGCGGUAAGCCGUACAACGAAGAUGGAAGCAGCGAAGAAGACAGCGGACCAAGUGGCUGCUCCCGAACACACAGACUGUCAUCCCUGUAUCAUGGGACUUGGCCCGUCGAGCGAGGACUGUGGAACAGCCAACAAACCGGUCUUGGAAAUCAGCAGAGCACGUCCGCCACUGUCCACAACGAUAUAGCAAGCGUGAUGAGCUUCUCCUCAAGCGUGAGUAUGGGAGUCGGAUGUCCCGGAGGAGCGCAAGAGAUCCAAGGACAGAGGAGACUCGGAGCCAAAGUCGAUGUUGUUUAUAGUUUGUUGGGGAUGUUGGGAGGAGCGGAAGGACGCGAAGAUAUGAGCGCUACUCUUCUGUCCAUGAGUAACUCCACGGAUAGUUGUUUGGCCAUGAGGCAAUCCGGGUGUCUUCCUUUACUCGUUCAACUCAUCCAUGCGCCGGGCCAAGAUCCUGAAACCAGAGACAGAGCUUCGCAGGCUAUUCACAACAUUGUACACUCGAGAGGUGAGGAAAGAGCUGGGCGACGAGAAGCGAGAGUACUCAGACUCCUGGAGCAGCUUAGAGACUACUGUCAGUCGCUAAGAACAACCCUUGCAGCUCGACAACCACUCGAUGAUUUUGACAGACAUCCGGGUCCAACUAUAGCAGCCCUGAUGAAACUCUCGUUCGACGAAGCCCACAGGCACGCAAUGUGCCAGUUGGGAGGUCUGCACGCCGUUGCAGAGCUGAUUGAAAUGGACCACGCGGCCCACGGGAGUGAGUGCGACGACCAGAACUGCGUCACACUGCGUAGAUACGCUGGUAUGGCACUGACCAAUCUGACAUUUGGUGACGGCAACAACAAAGCACUUCUUUGCUCGUUUAGAGAAUUUAUGAAGGCACUGGUCGCACAAUUGCGGAGUCCUAGCGACGAUUUGCGUCAAGUAACUGCUAGCGUGCUUAGAAAUCUAUCCUGGCGAGCUGACAGUAGUAGCAAACAAACGUUACGCGAGGUAGGAGCAGUUGUCGGACUUACGAUGGCUGCGAUGGAAGGAAGAAAGGAGUCAACCCUCAAAUCCAUACUCUCGGCGCUAUGGAACUUAUCAGCUCACUGCAGUACCAACAAAAUCGACAUAUGCGCGGUCGAGGGUGCUCUGGCUUUCCUGGUGGACAUGCUCAGCUACAAAGCGCCAUCAAAGACUUUGGCGAUUGUCGAAAAUGCCGGGGGCAUAUUAAGAAACGUGUCAAGUCAUGUGGCUGUGAGAGAAGACUACAGAUCAAUUCUCCGAGAGAGGGGCUGCCUGCAAGUCCUCUUGCGCCAACUAAGAUCUCCAAGUUUAACGGUAGUCAGUAAUGCCUGCGGUGCGUUGUGGAAUUUGUCGGCUCGUUGUCCUCAGGAUCAACGCAUGCUGUGGGACCUUGGAGCAGUGCCAAUGUUGCGGAGCCUUGUUCACUCCAAGCACAAAAUGAUAUCAAUGGGUUCCAGCGCUGCUUUGAAGAAUCUUUUGGGUGCACGACCUGGUAGUAGUAAUCUUGUCCAUCUGGAUUCAACUGCCAGGGGUUUGGGAUUACCAACUUUGCCCACUCUCGUUGCACGCAGGCAGAAGGCUCUUGAACAGGAGAUUGAUCAGAACUUGGCGGAAACUUGUGACAAUAUCGAGCCGAGUACUUCUCCCACAAACAAGGAUGACAAGUUUGGAUUCAAAGUUGAACGACGAUACGCUGACCUUGAUUCUAGGAGCGGACAUUCAUAUCAGAUGCAAAAUGGCCAACCUGGGCCAUCCAGUAUGCGAUUCAACUGUGUAGCUCGCAGCGAGAGUAGAGAAUCUAUUCGUUCAAUAACUAGUACACACUCGGAUACAAUUUUUGAAAGAGUUAAUCGGCAUGUAUUGAACGGUGUGUCGCCAACCGAGUUGCAAGCAAAACAACAAUCAUCUUCUCUUCAUGCUGCAACAGGAUUUAACGCCGGAAUUUCUACAGAAAGCACUGCUAAAGGGGCUAAUUCGGACAGAAAAUAUGUUCUACGUUAUAAAAAUGCCUUCCCAGAGAGGCAAAGAGCCGUAAAUGAACUUUCUUUCAAUGAUGUGGCAGACUUACGGUGUACUACUUCUACUAUGUCGUGGGCUUCCGCUGCUGAUCAAGAAGCAGCCUGCUCUCAGAUAUUGAUGCGAUCCUCUAUCGACGAAUCCUCAUUGUCUAACGAAUUGAAUAAUCCCCUUAUAUCUAACAGUGAAGAUAUUAAAACACAGUAUUUUUCCGAAAGAUCUGGUUUGUCCACCAUUACAAGAUCUGGUGCGAGUUUUCCUGUUACUUCUAGACAACAGAUGGAUGAGUGUGCGCAUUAUGGAAAUGAACAUUGCGAAAUUAUGGGAGCUGUAAAAAAAGAUACUACUCUAUCAAAACCAGUAGAAUACAGACUGAGAUACACUUUGCGUGACGUUGACGAAGACGAAAACCAACAUUCCGGUUACUUUGCAGAAAGUGAAGAGGAGUUUCCCCACAGUAGUAAUAUCAAAAACCCAUGUGCAGAAGAAAAGACGCAGUACAAAACACGUGGCCUAAAAGUGUGCACAGAAUUCAACAGCAAAGAUACAACAGUUACAAGCACAGCUUAUGAAUCAUGGAAGUCUGAACCCUCUAAGGGUCUCAAAUACUCCUCUGAAACAAGCUCGUUUAAUUCACUGGACAAGCAAGCUAAUUAUGGUCUAGAUCAAGCGUGUAAUUCCAAUUCCAGCAUUAGUUCUUUGACUGGUACAGUUGUAGGUGACAAAUCAGCAGCAAGUAUAUCGCAGAAACCAAGUAAUGCAUUAGAGGAAAGCAAUAACAGUUCCAUGGUGGAGGCGAAAAAUGAUAUUUGCACGCUUGACAGUGUUUCAGACAUAGAACGAAGCCAUCAAUUUGCGGAUCAUCGACAGGAACAAACCUCCCUUACAUUUCCACAAUAUGAUUCUCUAGGUUUACUCAGUGGUUGCGAUGAAUACAGCUCACUUGCAAGCAACUCAAGCCUACGGCUGGAAAGUUUUACCGGCAACGAAUUUCUAGAAUCACCAACAGAAAGCAUGUCAGUGAAUAAUUUACCACAAGCUUAUACUAGCAACAUGCAAAAUCAAGAGUCCACACUUUCAGUUCAACAUUUAUCUCAUGCCGGAUCCUAUUCAGUGAUGCAAAAUACAUUUGCGAAUGGUGUGACGCCAAACGGUCUAACAAUAGAUGAUGAGCCGAAAAUUGCUAAUGACUCUAGACUGAAAGAAUAUAGCGCCAUGUCUGCUGCAGGUAUUUCUGAUUCUGAAGAAAUAGGAGAGUCGCUAAACUUGGGCAUUGGAAGCAUACUGGAAGUUAGAGAAGAAGACACUGAAGUCAAAGAAGUUGAGAACGAUAGCGACCACUUAUUUCCUGAUGUUACAACUGAAGUGAAAACUGCAAGGCAUAAGCCAUCCUUCAGAAGAAACAGUUUGCAGAAGUCUCCUCAACCUGUCAGCAAUUUAGCACGAUAUCAGACUAGUUCUGCACUGGAUCAAGUAGACACAACUGGUCCAGUUAGCCUGAUAACUGAGACACAGAAUUUCAGACACCCCACACAUGACGUUAGUGCCACAUUUGUGGGCGGUACUGAAAACACUUCUGGAGAGACUUCACGCACACAUUCGCUUGUAACUGAACUGCCUCGCUGCAGCAGUACAGGACUUGAAGAUAUUUCAAAUGAUCUGCAACAGGAUGCACGGUCAGAUGAUUUGGAUAUAAGUCGGAAUACCACAAAACCUGCUUUCACUUUGUCUGCAUUUGAGAAUGUAGAACUCAAUUCAACUGUGCAAAACGCCAAUGACAAGCAGGAAUCAGUUUUGGAUGUUGCAGCGAAAUUUUUCGAUGAAAAAAUAGUGACUGAAAAUGUUUCAGAGACAACUUGUUCCUCUUCGCCGACCAGUGAUGAUCGAGUAUCACCUGAACCAUCAACAAUUUUGCAAGAGGCGAAUGUUGAUGAGAAUCAAAGAGAAGAUCGGCAUGUAGAAGGUGCAUCAACCGAUAUUCCACAUUUAAUGCCAAAGAACAUCCUGAGUGAAAAAGAAGAUGUUACGAGUAAGACAUUUUUUGAUUUUCGCGUAGGUUCGGAAAAUAGUACCGAUGGUAAGGGUAUGGAAGAGAUAAAUUCAAUGAAAUUGAAGGAGUAUACGCCUGGCAUUUCACCAAGUAAAAUAGAAGAUGAUGUAGAGAAUACGAAUAACAGUGAAGAAGAUAACUUGAGUGAUGAAGUAACAUCACCAACGAUUGAUCCUUUGUUUUCUGCAGUAGAAAGAGCGGCCAGUAACAAAGGCGAUCGUUCUAAGAAUCGCGAGGAGACGGAAGAAGAAUACAGAAGACAAAGAGAUCCAGACGCUAUGAUUGCUUCAUUGGAUCGAUUGACAGCUACACUGGUUCAGCAAACAGAGGCAAUGAGAGAACGCGAAUCAUAUGCUAUGAAACAAAGUGUUGUCAGUGAUACUUGGAACGAAGAUUCGCCAAAUGAUGUUUCUUUUCCUAGUAUAAGCGUGAGCGCACCUCUAAUCGCGUCUUUCAAAAGUGACAAUCAAGAAGAUCACACCAUUCCAAUUCCAGAUUAUUCUGAUGAAUUAAUCGGCACACAGGAAGUGAUGACAGACUCGAGGAUAAUUGAACAGGAAGCCAACAAACUGGCAGCUGCUGUUAACGCAAGGGUCGCAGAAUUUGACUUGGAUACAGUCAGUAUGACAUCGAUGGAUCUUGAUGCAAUAAACCCUCCGUCUACAAUGGGCAGUCUUGUAUCACUAACAACGAGUUUGAUCGGACCCAUCGAUACCACCGAGCAUUCAAUUGUCAGAGAAAGGUGUCAUUCUGCUUCACUUCCUCCUUUGCAACUCAAGAGUCAGAUAUCGAUGGAAUGUCGAAAUGGUCGAAAGAAGUCACUUCCUGCUGGAGUUAUGGCUAAAAGAGCACUCAGUCAAUACCAGAAUCAUACUGGGAGUCUUGAGAAUUUACUGAACGAAACUGGCACCACCAGUAUGUCUCACUUGGAGAAUAUCAAGCCACCCUCGAUGAUGGACGAAUUGUUGGAUGCUAUGGAUAUGGAAAACAGUAUGCUGAGCGUUGCGAGUAUUACUUCAGAAGUUGCAGACACCAAGGAUCAGGAUUCACACAGUUUAACGACUAGUGAUCCAAUAUUUGAUUUAUUAAAACCAGUUGCCAAUAUUUUGUCUAUGACCUGCAUGCGAUACGCGGAAUCCAUGCAAGUCAGUGGCAAUAAUAGUCUUAGCGAAUGCCUGGAGAACAUAAAUCCUCCUUCUCUUUUUAACGAGGUCAGUGAGAUGGAUGAAUCUACCAUGGAACCGACCAGUGAAACGUUCUGCAGUGAUACUCUGUGCAUCGAGAAUGAACUUCAGACAGAAGAAGUUUGUCGAGAUCGUGAAAUUUCAAUAGAUCGAAUAGAAGAAUGUGACAAUGACACCGAUGACGCAGCUACUUCCAUCCCAUCUGAAUAUUGUGUUAGUAGUUCAGCAGAGUCUACACCAAAAAAACGGCACACCAAAAGUAACUUGACUCCAAAGCAGAAAAGACAAUUGGCGAAAGAAAGAUAUAAAACCUAUACUAUUGCUGCGGAAAUGGUGAAAAAGGAAGAAGAGGAGCGAAGGAAGAAUGAUCAUGAGGAAAGCAAAAUUGGAAAAUAUGCCCGUGGUAAAUGUUCACCUUUCUCAAAGCUUACGCCUAAACAACGGAGACAGGAAGAUAGAGCUCGAUUCCAAACCCAAGUAUUGAAUAAUCCAUUCCCUGAGCUGGCCGCGUACAAUGCUACAGAGGGUAAGACACCAUUAGCAGAUAAUCCAGAGAGUUCGGAAAAUGAAGAGGCGGCAUCGGCCGUGAAAUCUGGUAUUCCAAAACUCAGAAAGUUUUCAGGGGGAAAAACAAUUAAGCAAAAACGAGCUGAGAAUAAGGAUAGGUAUCGUACAAGGACACUAGAUGAUGAAGAAGCCCAGGAAGCUAGCAAAGAUGUAGAUGCUAUAAUAUCUGAAACCCACUUAGGUGAUUCUGACGCCUCUCUUGAAACGAUGCUACUUAUUACUCCUGGUGAAAUGGAAAUUACGCUUAAAGAUUUCGUGGGGCAAGGCUCAAGUUCCGGCAAGCCUAUGGGUGAAGAUGUUCUAAGUGAUGGCCAGGCGCAAAAUUUAACAUUGCACGACUUCAAGUCAGAAUAUAAUUCGAGAGCGUGUGUUGCUGAUGGACUUCACAAUAGGCUGGUAAAACCACAACAUACAUCAAGAUUCAAUGAACAAAAGCAGAUAUCUCCGUCAAAAGAUUCACUCCAAGAUCCUGCGUCCCCAGCAGAACCAGAGAGUCAAGAAAAUUCUGAUUCCAACAACGAGAGUGACGAGGAGUCGAAUAGUGCCAACAAUCAAUCGCAGAUACCAAAGAGACCAAGAAUCGUCAAACCAGGAGCAAUAAGUAGAGAUGCCAGCGUAGACUCAAAUGCUACGGAUAAAUCUGAAUCUGAGAGUCCGAAGACGAUUAGAGGACGAAGAAAAGCUCUUUACUUUAAGCCAACUGCACGUAAAUCAACGCCGGUUACUUCUCCUUCAAAAAUACUCAACGGUGCUGUUAGUGGAAUACCCAUAGGACGCAGUAACACCUCACCUCUGGUUCGAGGAACAAGAGCGACUACUCUGAGGCAAACACAUAAUCCAAGUUUCCCAACGAAACAUCAACAGAAAUCAGUUGCCAACUCUAAAAUCAUAUCACCGUCUGCUGGUGCAGUGGAAAAACGGAUCCAGGGUUCUGCCUCGACUGCAAACAAAACUUCUAUUCCUCAAAGAGGGACUGUUUCUAAUUAUUCCAAAUCGACAAAACGCCAUACUACUCCUUCGGGUUCUUCUUCACCUUCGUACACAGCCAAAGCUGACAAGAAGGAACCUGCAAUCAAACCGCUUGAAAGGCAAGGUACAUUUACAAAAGAAGAACCAGAAGUUGAGAAUGCGCCAACAGUGCUUCCACCCUGUUCGCCAAACAGAAGUAAAAUUGCUAAACCAAUAAAAACUUCACCUUCCAAAAUUCAGACUCCCGGAAAGUCCAAGCCAGUGACUAAAAUUUUUCAAACACAGCAGCCUAAAUUCACCAAAACGAACAAUUUGGAUAAAGAUCAAGCAAGGAAUUCAUCGCCCACUGUCACUUAUCAAAAACGAAGUCUCAUAGGAUCUCCGAUCAAACAUUCUCCUAGCAAUCAAAGUUUACAAAGUAACGACUCUGCCCGCACUGUAAAGAAAACGAAUUCCCUGGGCCAAAGGUCUAAUAGUAAUUCCAGCAUAGUGUCAAACUCUUCGACAGGCGUCCAAGGUCGUCGAACGACCAAAGAAGCCACCAGUAAAAUCGCAAGCUUGUGGAAAAGAGUAGAAGAGAGCAAGACUAAACAGCGUUUUGAGAAAAAUGAUACAAGGCACUGGAUCACACCCGCCAAUGGUACCAUUGACUCUGGAGAUCCAGUUGUUACCACCAAGCCACCAACAUUUCGAUUGAUUCGAAGUUCUACUUUUGAGGGAGUCCCCAAAGAUAUCAGCAGAAAUGAUUCCCCAGGUAGACCUAAAUCUAACGUGGCGAAGCAACCGACUAAAAUAACAGAUACUCAUGGCCUUAGUCCGAAGUAUCGGAAUUCGUGUGACUUAACUGGAAUGAGUAUUGCGGAAGCGCCUUGUAAGAUUCCAGUGAAAUACCCUGAGUUAUCAGCGGGGACAAGGGACACUAUACAGAUAGGCGACAGUACAGUAAUUUUGAGAAAACCACAGACUACUCAACCGUCGGUAGAUUCUGUGGAGAUCGAUCCCACAAAACGCGUUUCCCGUCUCGGAUCGUUCAUACGAGUUGAACCACCAGAAACAGAAGGUGGUAACACGCAAAUGCAAACGUAUGUCAACUCAGUACGUACCACAGCAUCAGCAAUCGUUCCACCGUUUAAUUACAAUCCCAAACAAAGUAAUCCGGUAAAAGCAAACAUUAGUGAAAUUGAUGGUAAGCUUGUGGUAACGGAAUGUCAAAUGGAAAUCACUACUAGUUCCAUGAGAGUAACUACGGUAUAAAUAGAGGAAUCAAUAGAAUUCAGUAAGUUACAAGGAUAGCAUUGAUUUUGUUUAUUUAUCUGUUUGAUUGAGACUGGUUAUUCCAAUUCUGUAGCUUGCCCGAAGUCUCCACGCUUGCGUUUUUAACAUUUUGAAUAUUUAUUCACAUUGCUCUUGUUGGAUACUUUUGUAUAUUCGUUUUAUAAUUAGGUAGUGGUUUUAAUAAUACUUGUGAUUCUAUUUGAUCAAACUGCCAAGAUUUUUAAUCUUUGCGUGCGGAAAUUUUCUUUUUGAAUCCAAUCACGGAGUUGGGAUGACCGGUUUCACGGACUUAUUUACUUAUACUCUUAUUGCAUCGGUCAAUGUGCAAUUUGAUAUGUUACGCAGCAAAUAAUAUCCAGGUGCGCGGAUUGCGUGAGAAAGUAAUACCUCACGUUUUCAAAGCUGAAGAUAUAUGACUGUAAAUAUGAUAAUCUUCAUACGAUUGAUUGACAUAAUUUAUAGUGCAGACCAGCAGAUUAUUUAUCACAUUUGAAUAUUUAUUUUACUGUGUAUAUAAUGAAAGAAGAUAAGAAGAUAGAGCAAAUAGAAAGGUUAAUCGUUAAUAUGUAUGUAAUCAGAUAUUAUGUAUGUAAUGUACAACAUGUACGAGAUUAGGUAAUCAUUGUCAUUCAUUGUAGAUUUGAGAUGAGAUGAUUACGAAGAAGAUACUCGGUUUUUUUUUUGUUUUAUUUCAAUUUUUUUUUCCUUUUUUUCACUUAGUCCAAGUGUAAGAGUGUACCACUCUUUAUUAAACAAUGAGAUGUAUGUAAUUAUAUUUCAAGACUGAUAGUGGCGUUGACAGAAAUUUGAUUUUGCGUACCAUUCUAAUGGCACACGAUUAAUAAAAAAAAGUCGCGGUGAAAUGUAGUAAAAGAAAUUUAUAGCUGUACAAUGGUCUAAGUUACGAGAAGAAUUUUACACAGUUUACAAAGUUUUUUGCAGCACAACAGGUGCAGGUAGAGAAAUACAGGCCUUUGUAACUAUCACUUUUAUGUUUCUAGUCUGCCCGCAAUUUUUUAGGGGUAACAAAGCUUAUAUUUUGAACAUAAAUUAAUACCUAAAGAUGCACGUUUAACAUUUAUCCAAUACUUAUCUACCCACUAUCCUCCAAAAUCGAACUAUAUCGUCAUUUUUCGAUGUAUACAGACCAAAUUAAACAUUUUUGUUUCCCUAGACUAAAGGAUGUGGCUACAAUAAUGGUUUAAUGUAUCAAUAUAACGUAUUAAGCCACACAUGCGUUUCCUACAUCGCUUAAUUUCUUUACAUCUAUUUUCUGUAUUGAAUAAUUACUUUCGUACGUUUUCCUAUCAUAAUAUUGUCUUUGAUAUAAAGACUUUUAUAAGUACCUAGAUGUAUAUAUUAAUUUAUUUUUCCACGUUC